GCAUGGGGAUAUGCGAAAAGUGGAUAUCACACGUCGCGGGGAGGUGGAAAAUGGAACUAAGUCACGUCUCCCUCCGAAACGGCUUGGGAAUAGCGCGAGAUACACCAAACUACAACGCGAUUUACCUCCCACGCGACAACUCGACUACCACCUUACCUCGCAAGACCGAGAGGACAAGUCGUGUUCACCUUCUUGUUCAUAUCGUCUUGAAUCUCUCGUUCUUACUCUCUUCCUUCCACACCCCUCAACGCCACAAAAAUACACCUUUCUCUUCCCACAAUUGCCUCUGAAGCCCUAAUCUCUCUUCCGCUCUCCGUACGGGUUCCUACUUGAACCCCAAGUUUCUCCCACCUGCCCUACUGUUACUACUCUUUCUCUCUAAACGCCCCCAAUACACCGGAAUGUACCCGACUACACUGCAUCCCAGCCCCGUCAAAGACGGGAGGCGCGUUCUCGGUGAAAAGACCGCCAACGCGUGUCUGUCACCCGCUCACCAUCGGCCCGAUGCUUCGCCCAGCAAACGCUCGCUCCUAGAACCACCUUCUCCCAAAAAGCUCCUUCCCUCUCCUUUAUUUGCUGGCCAGAAACGCACAAUUGAUCAAGUGGACGACCAAGCGAACAAUGGCAACGUGCGGGCUCAAAAUAACGAGUCUCGGGCGGAAACACAAACGGUACACGACGUGCAGAAUGAAGCUCUCACACACUCUACAGCUCACAAUGAUGAUCGGUCGGACCAACAACAAACAGACGCGACGGAGCUACAUGUAGCACCAUCACGGGAAUCAGAUAAACAACAGUCACCAGCAGACACCACGCCGCUUGCUCGAAGCCCUAGACAAGAAAGAGAAGCAGGUUCAACACGAAUUGUCCCUGAAGACCCUGAAACACGCAGAUUAUUUAUCCAACAAAAAGCAAACCUUCUUCGGAACCGAAUCCAGAAUGCCAUGCGCCACGUUAAAGAUCCUCAACUUGAUCGCCGUCUGUCAGAACUAGAGGCCCACAGUCGCAAAUUCCCGCGUCUAUCACUCCCCGAGACGCUCACGCCCAGCCACCAGAAGGAAGCGGUGACACCGCACCGACAAGACGAAGACAUCAUCAUGCCUUCCUCUAUCACACCACGUGCUCUUCAACCCGCCGUCGAGUUCAAGCCGAGAACCGAACCAUCAUCAAUUCCUCUCGGACUAUCAUCGCCUCCUUUAUCGACAGAGAAUGAUAGUUCCCAAGAUCCUAUGAAAACGCCUACACAAACUCAUUGCAGGACAGACACAGCAGGGUCUCUGAUGCAGCUCAGCAGUCCUCCAGCUACCGUGUCGCGAACCGGCCGCAACAGAAUCAUGGGAGAAGUCGAUGAGCAGGAUGACAUCGAAGGAAACCAAUCCGAGAACCAGGCUGUUACACCAUCUCAAAGAGGAGAUGCUGUUGACGGGCUCCUGAAGCUCAUGAACACGGCGGAUAGACGUGAAGCUGCGAACGCCUGGACUGGCUGAUUCUGCCUUCUGAC